AUGCUAUCCCCGCGCGCUUCCCCUUGUCCCGUCAAGCCCAAGUUAGACUCAUCUAGCCCACGCCCGUCCGCCACCGAAUGCCCUCGAUCCCUUUCAUCCCUUGAGCUCACGCAUCCGCCUUCGCCUGCGACCCAGAUCCGACCCAGAUCCGCUUCCGCAUGA